AUGCUCCUCACGUGUGAUACCGUCGGCGAGCACACUCCACACAGAGGCUUCGAUGUCUUCACCUUCGUGCAGCCAUUGCCUUACGUCGAGCCCAUGGUAAGGGUGUCAGCACAUCCCGCUGAGAGAAGUAACCCCACCAUCAAAGACGUCCAGUGGGUGCAGGAUCGCCAGCAUUUGGAGGAGAUCCAACAGCUAGAAGGCGUCAAUGAGGUGAUCAUGUACGAUUGCUCUGGCCAGGUGACUGAAGGCCUCCAAACAAACUUUUUCGCUGCCUGGCCUGAUGGCAGCCUGCAAACGGCUUGCGACGAGCGGGUGCUCGCGGGCACGGUGCGCAAGGUUGUUUUGGAUGUCGCCCGGGAGCAUGGCAUAGCAGUGAGGUUUGAGUGCCCGCGAAUCGAGGAUGCCAAGCUUUGGGAAAGCUGCUUCAUCUGCUCCACUUCGCGCUUGGUGAAACCUGUUUGUGAGCUUGCAGCACGAGAGCACAGCAGGCAAUCCAAAGCCCAAGCCCCUGCUGUUGAACAAGCGGUAUGA